CGCGUCGGCACAUAUCCACUCGGCUUGCUCAGUUGUACCUUUUCGUUCCAUACCUUCAUGAAGAAAAGCAGAAUGGAUUUAAACUUCACGCUCUCGGGGAGCGACUUGAUCGGCUUUGGCUCGUUGGCGCAGAAACUUUUUGAGAAUAACUCACUGCCUCCAUUUGAUAACAGCACCGUCGGUCCCAAAAGUAAUGAGGAGGACCUGGAAGUUAAUACGAAUGUGUACGCAAAAGUCAUUGUCACUAUCAUUUACUUGGCUCUGUUCGCCAUAGGCUCCCUCGGCAACUCCAUCACCAUUUAUACCCUGAUUACCAGAAAGACGCUGCAGAACCUCCAGAGCACCGUACACUAUCACCUGGCCAGUCUCGCCGUGUCGGACCUGCUCAUCCUGAUCCUGUCCAUGCCUAUUGAGCUCUACAACUUUAUCUGGUUCCAUUACCCAUGGGUGUUCGGGGACGCCGUGUGCAGGGGUUACUACUUCCUCCGGGACAGUUGCUCUUAUGCCACCGCGCUUAACAUCGCCAGCCUGAGCGUGGAGCGCUACAUGGCCAUCUGCCACCCAUUCAAAGCCAAGAGCAUCAUGUCCCGCAGCCGCACCAAGAAACUCAUCAGCGCCAUGUGGCUCGCUUCCUUCGCCCUCGCGACACCGAUGCCCUUCAUCAUGGGCCAAGGGAUGCGUAACGGCGAGAAGAUAUGCACCACUGUGGUCUCUCCGGUCACGGUGAAGACCGUGCUGCAGGUAAAUGCAUUCCUGUCCUUUGUCAUACCGAUGGUGGCCAUAUCUGUUCUGAAUGGGGUCAUUGCCAAUCAGCUGUUGCGGAUGUUCCGUGAGGCUGAGCAAGACAACCGUGUCUGCAUGAUUGGCACAAAUCCCACCAUGCUGAAUUUCACCGUGGAGUCCAACCGUGCUCAGUCGCUACGCCACGGAGUUCUUGUUCUCCGAGCUGUGGUCAUAGCCUUUGUGGUCUGCUGGCUGCCCUAUCACGCUCGCCGUCUCAUGUUUUGCUACAUAACUGAGUGGUCAGAUGAGUUAUAUGACUUCUACCACUAUUUCUACAUGCUGACCAAUGUCCUGUUCUACGUCAGCUCGGCCAUAAACCCUGUCCUCUACAACCUGGUAUCAGCCACCUACCGUCAGAUCUUCUUCUCCACGUUGCGGUACUUCUGCAUGCCCUGCCGUCACACAAACAGGAAGCAACCAUACCCCCUCAACCGCCACUCCAUUAGCAUCUCCAGUAGCCACACCCUUUCCACUAACAUCAUUAAAGAGACAGCAUACUGAUUAAGCUGCAGAUAAACACACUUUCUUUCACGUUGUCAUAAAUUCAUACAUUGCCACAUCUUGAUUCCAUUUUCCCAGAGGAAAUUCUGGCAUUGAGUUGGAGAAUGUGGUCACCAUCAUCGUCAUGUGAGGUUAAAUUCUCACUCAUUAAAUGCUCUGAUUUAAUUUCAGACACAUUUUCUCAUGGAUUAUUGUGUUUCAUACCUUUAACAUGAGAUUGUUAAAUCAAAAAAGAAAAUACGAUGGAUGGAAGAAGAGGGGGGGGAAAGGCAAGACUUUACAAAAGAUACUGAUGUAAAUUAUUUAUACUGUAUGUUUGUACAUAUAUGUUUUUAUUUCACCAAUCAUUGAAAUGAAUUUAAUGGGUGGUGUACCUCACUGAUUCAGUUUUUCUAAACAUUUAGCUUAUGUAACUCCUAAAAGUAUUUUCUCAAAAACAACGCCUUGUAGAAAUAUUUUGACCACAACAACAGCUAUGAUGUAACCUUCCUUUCGGAUGGAUUGAUCUGAGGAGAAACCUAGCUUUGAUGUUAGAAAAAACAGUGCAAGGAACAUGUAUUUCUCUAAAAUCUAAGUUGUAUUGACAGCUGUAUAGGAAGAAUCUCUUGCAUCAUUAAAAUUUACUUCUCUUGUGUGAUUUGGCUUUUGCAGAACAAGCUUUUCAGCUAAAUUCUUGGUGAAAAUGAGGCAAAUCUACAUAAUAGAGAGUCCUCAUUGCUUCAACGCUGAUAUUCAUUUAGCAAUUUUACAUACUAAUCAAUACUAUUGGCAGUUUUUAGAAACUGUGAAAUUACUGUGGACAGAACAGAAGUGGCUGUAAUUGAUUAUUUAAAGUAUUUCAAGAACCAGCAGAGGCCAUUUGGAGGAAAUUGCAGUGGAUGCAUGGAUGCAAAUAUCCUCACAUGGAGAAAAGAGUAGUAACAGAUACAGUGCUGCAGAAGCUGACAGAGAUGUGGGAAGCAAAGAUUUUCUUCAGGACCAACACAACGAUGUAGAAACAAUCUGAAUGGUUAAAACACACAAGCUGCUAGAAAGGAUUAACAACAUGAUGUUGGGAAUUACAAACAUUGUGAUUUAACUUGGGGUUAUUGUGUCAGAUAACUAAACACCCUACAAGGAUGUGGGGUAAAAAAUCUCUCAGCCUCUGUUGAUAAAGGAUGCCUAAUGAUAACCUGACAGAGCAUGGUUUAGGGAUGAAUAACAUACUUUCCUUUUGGUGCAAUCCAUAGUUAAGUCUGCAGUUAAAAAUUGUUUUACUCUUCACAUUUUGUUUCUGACUGUUCCAUUCCUGCAAAGUAUUAUUUAUAUUAAAAAAAAAAACAGACUCCAAUCAUACAGGUCUCCUAAUCUGGAAAAGAUGUUGUGUGGCAGCCACAGUAACCAAAUCAGCUCUCGUUGUUUUAAAUAGGAAGAAGGGGAAAAAAGAAAAAGACAGACGUUGAUAAUUCCUUCAUUGCAAUAAUUAGAUUGACAUUUUUCACUUUAUAAGAGACAGUCUGAUCACACCUAUCUUCUGUGUGGGAAUAACAUCGACAUCUGGUUGUCUGUGAUUCUUUAGCUAUCAUCCGGUCACCAGUUUUAAUCAGGGAGUAGUUUAUGUUCAGAGUUUUGAUUCAAUUUUCAUUCUUUUCCUGGUGAUAUGCAGACUCAUUGCUGAUAUGGAAUAAGUGUUAUACUUGCAACCUGCUGAAUGAGAAUUUUAUCUACACAAAAAAGGGAAACAAAAAGGGGAAAAAUCUGUUUAUAGGCUACUUAUCAGUGAGGAGGUGAACAGUAAAAAAACAAACAUAAAAAAAA